AUGGCAGAGGGCAAACUAUCCUCCUUCUUCCAUGAUGUUCCUUUAGCCCUCGACUCUUACGCUAAAACAGCUGCCAUGGUGGUGGAAAUCCCUCGCUACACUCAGGCCAAGUUUGAAAUAUCCAAAGAACUUCCCCUCAAUCCCAUAGUGCAAGACACCAAGAAUGGGAAGUUACGCUUUGUUAACAACGUCUUCCCAUUUCACGGUUACCCUUUUAACUAUGGUGCACUUCCGCAGACUUGGGAAGAUCCCACGUUUUCUAGACCUCAGGAUCGGGGAUUUUUUGGAGAUAAUGAUCCCGUAGAUGUGGUGGAGAUUGGUGGUCAAUUGGGACAGUUGGGCCUGAUAAAGACGGUUAUGAUUUUGGGUGCCUUGGCGCUUAUUGACGAUGGUGAAAUGGACUGGAAGCUUAUUGCCAUUGAUACCAAAGAUCCUAUGGCCGGCAAACUGACGAAUGGAAUCAAAGAUGUUGAGAAAUUGAUGCCUGGAGCAUUGGAUAACCUUAGAACUUGGUUCAAAAACUACAAACGACCUACUGGUAAACCUGAAAAUGCUUUUGCAUUCGGGGGAAAGUAUCUAGAUGCUUCUGAAGCAGUCAAUAUUAUCGAAGAAUGUCAUGGCAGAUGGAGAAAGUUGGUUCGUGGUAAGAUCAAAUCAGGGCUUAAGAAGCUUCCCGAAACUGCUAACGUUACCUUAGAAGAAACGCCGGGAUUUCAAAGCUUUGUGAACAUUCAGUUAGAUUCUGAAGGUAUUACUGGCAGAAUUCCAGAUUGCAUUCAUUCAGUUUACUAUUACAAAGAUUGA